GGUAUAUCCUUUCCAUUAACAGAAUUCCUCAAGGCCUACUAUCAUUUAAGAAGAAAGGUUCCAGGCCAGUGGUGCUCCUGCAGCAUGGCCUGCUUGGAGAUGCCAGCAACUGGAUUUCCAACCUGCCCAACAACAGCCUGGGCUUCAUUCUGGCCGAUGCUGGUUUUGAUGUGUGGAUGGGGAACAGCAGGGGAAACACCUGGUCUCGGAAACACAAGACCCUCUCCAUAGAGCAAGAUGAGUUCUGGGCUUUCAGUUAUGAUGAGAUGGCUAGGUUUGACCUUCCUGCAGUGAUAAACUUUAUUUUGCAGAAAACGGGCCAGAAAAAGAUCUAUUAUGUCGGCUAUUCACAGGGCACCACCAUAGGCUUUAUUGCAUUUUCCACGAUGCCAGAGCUGGCUCAGAAAAUCAAAAUGUAUUUUGCUUUAGCACCCAUAGCCACUGUUAAAUAUGCAAAGAGCCCUGGGACCAAAUUUUUGUUGCUGCCAGAUAUGAUGAUCAGGGGAUUGUUUGGCAAAAAAGAAUUUCUGUACCAGACCAGAUUUUUCAGACAGUUUGUUAUUUACCUUUGUGGCCAGGUGAUCCUUGACCAAAUCUGUAGCAAUAUCAUACUACUUCUGGGAGGAUUUAACACGAACAAUAUGAACAUGAGUCGAGCAAAUGUGUAUGUCGCCCACACUCCUGCUGGGACAUCUGUGCAAAAUAUUUUACACUGGAGCCAGGCAGUGAAUUCUGGGGAACUCCGAGCAUUUGACUGGGGGAGCGAGACCAAAAAUCUGGAGAAAGGCAAUCAGCCAACACCUGUGAAAUAUAAAGUUCGAGAUAUGACAGUCCCGACAGCAAUGUGGACAGGAGGUCAGGACUGGCUUUCAAAUCCAGAAGAUGUGAAGACACUGCUCUCUGAAGUGACCAACCUCAUCUACCACAAGAACAUUCCUGAAUGGGCUCAUGUGGAUUUCAUUUGGGGGUUGGAUGCUCCUCACCGUAUGUACAAUGAGAUCAUACAUCUGAUGAAGCAGGAGGAGACCAACCUUUCCCAGGGAACCUGCAAGGUCAAACUGUAAAGCCUCUGAAACUGACAAGUUUUGGGGACAAUCUUAUAAGGUUAGGGCCAGGAGUAGAGAAUUUUAAGGGGAAUUUCCAGAAAAAGUAGAAGAGAAGGCAGAGAUACAGUGUACAUUCUUUGACAUUUUUGCAUUUGGCACUAAAACCAUUUCUUAAUUUUUUUUUCUGAUUAGUUAAACUAAACUAACUUGGUAAAUUCAGGUUUUCUGUGCUAUUAGGUUUUCUACCAUCUUGAAGAGUAGGUUGUUCCUGACAACCAAAAAGUAUCUCUAUAUU